GGGGGGGAACCUCUCACGAGGCCAUGCUUCAUUUGGGGCUGGAAAGACAAAGAGCCAGCCAAGCCAGGAGGUGGUGUAUGGUGGUGAGGAAAGCAGGCAGGUCGCAGGCCCCAGACAGGAUGGAAUUUGGCACAUUCAUGCUACCAAAAGUCUGGAUGGAGCCUGAUGAGCUGGAAAGAGAGAGGCAUGAAUCAAGACUGAAGAGUUUGGCAGGAAAUAGGUGAGGAUCUGGAUGAUGUGUUGGAAAAAGCCAAGAAAGCCAAUGUUAUGGCCCUUGUGGUGGUUGCUGAACAUUCAGGAGAAUUUGAAAAGAUUAUGCAACUUUCAGAAAGGUAUAAUGGGUUUGUCCUGCCAUGCUUAGGUGUUCACCCGGUUCAAGGACUUUCACCAGAACACCAAAGAAGUGUCACAUUAAAGGAUUUGGAUGUAGCUUUGCCCAUCAUUGAGAAUUAUCAGGAUCGAUUGUUGGCAAUUGGAGAGGUUGGACUAGAUUUCUCCCCCCGAUUUGCUGGCACUGAUGAACAAAAGGAGGAGCAAAGACAAGUCCUAAUCAGACAGAUCCAGUUAGCCAAAAGACUCAAUUUGCCUUUAAAUGUUCACUCACGCUCAGCUGGAAGACCCACGAUCAGCCUCUUACGUGAGCAAGGUGCUGACAAAGUGCUGCUACAUGCAUUUGACGGUCGGCCAUCUGUAGCCAUGGAAGGAAUAAGAGCUGGGUACUUCUUCUCAAUUCCUCCUUCUAUCAUCAGAAGCGGACAGAAGCAGAAACUCCUGAAACAGUUGCCUUUAACUUCAAUUUGCUUGGAAACAGAUUCACCUGCACUGGGACCAGAAAAACAGGUACGGAAUGAGCCCCAAAACAUCUCCAUUUCAGCAGAAUAUAUUGCCCAGGUGAAAGGGAUCUCAGUGGAAGAAGUUAUGGAAGUGACCACACAGAAUGCGUUGAGACUGUUCCCCAAGCUUCAGCACAUGCUCCAGAAAUAGCUUUGAAACCAAAUCGACUGCAGGGGGCAGCAUUUGAGGACAAGAAGUGUUCUGAUGAGGAGUCUGAAUUGAGGAAGCUAUAUUAUACAGAGAUUUAGAAGAUAAUACUAUUAGAGAAAUUUUUCUCUUAGAAAAAACACUGGGCUUGAACCCUGAAACCCUGGGUUCUAAUUCUACCUUGCACUGCUUUUCAGUGAAAAGAGUCCUAGCAGGGGCUGGCCUUGUGGCAUAGCGGUUAAGUGCGCACGCUCCACUGAUGGCGGCCCAGGUUCGGAUCCCAGGCGCGCAUCCAUGCACUGCUUGUCAGGCCAUGCUGUGGCGGCGUCCCAUAUAAAGUGGAGGAAGAUGGGCCCAGAUGUUAGCCCAGGGCCAGUCUUCCUUAGCAAAAAGAGGAGGAUUGGCAUGGAUGUUAGCUCAGGGCUGAUCUUCCUCACAAAAAAAAAAAAAAAUCAGGAUGGGAAAGAAGCACAUUGAAUUUCUCCGGUAACCUUAACCCCAGAGAUGUCUUGAGCCAUUAGCCCUGAAGGAUGCCUUGCAAUUGGUCAGUAGCCACAAUUGCCUGUUUAUUAGUACUUUUAUCAUGGAAGGCCUCUUGUUGGGGGCUCAGGAGAAAAGCCAGAAAUUAAUUAGGCCAGAAAGAAUACACCCUUUGGAAUCAGACAAAGGAUCAAGCCUAUGAAGUUUUAUCCCAAAACUGCGUGCAGAACAAGUCCUAGGGGAACUUCUCCCCAAUCCCCAGAGUUCACAAGAGAUCUCCAUUCAGCCUCAUUUCCCAGGGUUCCUCUCUGAACUUGGGGUGUCUCAUAUAGCUACCCUCAACAAAGCUCAUCAAUGAAAUGCUGUCACCAAACAAAUUUACUGAACUAGUGAACAUAUAUUAUCAGGGAAAGUCCAUUUUAACAGACAUUUUCUGAAAUCAGUAGUUACCUAUAAAGGAACUCUACACGCAAAUCUGUUUUCAUCUCUUUCCUCCAACUUGCUUAUCUUGGGACCAACUGGAAGCAUUUAUUAACAUAAGUUAGGGUGUUUAAAAUUAUCAUUGAAAUACCUAAAAUUCUUUAAAAUAUAUAGAGAAGGCCAGCCUGGUGGCGUAGCGGUUAAGUUCGUGCACUCUGCUGUGGCGGCCCAGGGUUUGCAGGUUCAGAUCCCGGGCACAGACCAACACACUGCUUAUCAAGCCAUGCUGUGGCAGCAUCCCAUAUAAAGUAGACGAAGAUGGGCAUAGAUGUUAGUCCAGGGCCAAUCUUCCUCAGCAAAAAAAAAAAAAAAGAAGAAGAAGAAGAGGAUUGGCAACAGAUGUUAGCUCAGGGCUAAUCUUCCUCACAAAAAAUAAAUAAAAUAAAAUGUAUAGAGAGGGGCCGGCCCCAUGUCAUAGCAGUUAAGUGCAUGUGCUCAGCUGCUAGCAGCCUGGGUUUGGAUCCCGGGCACGCACCGCUUGUCAGGCCGUGCUGCGGCAACAUGCCACAUAAAGUGGAGGAAGAUCGGCACGGAUGUUAGCUCAGGGCCAGUCUUCCUCGGCAAAAAGAAAAAAAGAGGAGGAUUGGCAUGGAUGUUAGCUCAGGGCUGAUCUUCCUCCCAAAAAACAAAAAAAUAGAAAAUUUCUUACAGUUCCUUCAGAGUGCCAAUCAGCCUUGCUCUUUACUAAAUCUCUCCCGGAUUAUACCAAGGCUUCCCUGUGGAUUUCCCAAGCUAUCUGCUAGAGCUGAGGAUGGUGGAUUUUGUAGUGUAGGGCCCCCUCUCCUCCUCUCUGGUUCUAGAAUACAUGUGUAAGGCCAGAGUCACCAGAUCCACUGCAGCGGAAUUCAGAGAGUGGGAAACUUAGAACCAUGAGCAUUGGCCUGGGUCCUCCAAAUGCCAAAGAAUCCUCAUAAGAGAAAGUGUUAUUGUGGAGGACAGCCUCACUGAUGGUUAAUUUUAUGUGUCAACUUGGCUGGGCCACAGUAGCCAGAAAUUUGGUCAAAAACUAGUUAGAGAUAUCUAGAAUAUAUUUCUGUGAAGGUAUUUUUCAGAUGAGAUGAGCAUGUAAAUUGGUGGGCUUUGAGUAUAGCUGAUUACCCUUCAUAAUGUGGGUGGGCCUCAUCCAAUCGGUUGAAGUCCCUAAUAGAAAAAAGCUGACCUCCUAAAGCAAGAAGGAAUUCUGCCAGCAGACUGCCUUCAGACUCAAACUGCACAUCAACUCUUCCCUGGGUCUCCAGCCUGCUGGCGUACCCUGCAGAUUUUGGACUUGCCAGCCUCCAUAAUCAUGUAAGCCAAUUCCUUCAAAUGAAUCUCAAUCUCUCCCUCUCUCUCAAUAUAUCCCGUAUAUAUAAUACACACACACACACACACCACUGGCUUUAUUUCUCUGGAAAACCCUAAUACGGCCUCUACUUACAGGAAUUCCAGGUUGUGAUAUAUUUAACACUGAUCAGGAAGCUGUAGAAAUCAUUGCUGUUCUAACACAAUGCUGGCCCUUUCACAACCUCUGAUGACUCUGUAUUAGCUCAUACAAGGGCUAAUAAUUGGGACUUCUGGGGUCUGGGGGUCGGGGGAAAGAGAGGAGUAGAAUGUGAGGUUAAAGGUAAAACUGAAGACAAGUAGAAGAUGGAGGAAUGCUUUAUAGCUAUGCUCAGUAGAAGUUUUGGGGGUUACAAAUCUGGAGGGGCUGUCUAAACUUCACCUGAUCUAUCCCAAUGCUUCUAGGAAAAUAACAUCAAAAUUAUUCUAUCUGUUCUCAUACAUCUGCCCUAACCUAAAAAAUCUUCAUAGAAUAAUGUUCUCAGGGACUUCCAAAACAAAUGAGCACCUUACAAAGCCAAUCAAUGCAUUUUGUUACUUAUAUCAUAGAUGACUGAUGAAUUAUCUCUUCCUAAAGCUAUGAAAGAACAGUUCAAAGAAUUGCAACAAUUGGUAAGAAGGAGAGAUUUAUUUUAUCCUAAUGAAAAAUCUUGGUUAUCUAGAAAUCUGAAGAGUAAUUAUGCUGUAAAGAUUUUGCCUACAUUUCCACAUCAUGACUGGUCCUAUCUUCACUGCUGUAAUGAAGAGAUUAGGUACACACACAUGAAAGGUUUUGUUCAUUCUAAUCCCAAAAAUAACGACAAAAAUAAGCAGAGUAGGGAAGCAAAUGAGAUUUUUUAAUGACAUGCAGAAUUAAUGAGCCAAAAGUUUUCAUUUUUCAUCAGGGAGAAAAGUUCUGCUGAAAAAAGUGCUCUGGAAAGACAGGAGAGAAAAGUGAUAUAUUUCUCCCUGGAGCUCCCUGAGGGAGCCCUCCUUUUGGCUGGGGUUUCGGGAGGAGGACGACUGAAUCAGGAUUCACUUGAGGGCACCUGAAGUUCCGGUCUGACCUAGGGCCUGCUCACUCCAAAGAAGGCCUAAUGAUAUCUGGUUCUUCUGCUUUCUCCUCAGCACUUUGGAGUGUUCUACUUUUGUUUUGUUUUGUGUUUUUAGUUUUGGGUUGUUUUUUUUUUUUUAUUGAGGUCAUAUUGGCUUAUAACAUUGGGUAAAUUUCAGGUGUACAUUAGUAUAUAUCAAUUUCUAUAUAGACUGCAUCAUGUUCACCACCAAUAGUCUAGAUUUUAUCUGUCACCAUACGUAUGUGCCCCUUUACCCACCCCCCAUGCACUUCCCCUCUGGUAACCACUAAUUGGUUCUCUUUAUCCAUGUGUUGGUUUAUCUUCCACAUAUGAGGGAAGUCUUACGGAGUUUGUCUUUGUCUGUCUGGCUUAUUUCCUUUAGCAUAAUACCCUCAAGGUCCAUCCAUGUUGUUGCAAAUGGGACGAUUUUGUUUUUUUUUAUGGCUGAGUAGUAUUCCAUUAUAUAUAUAUACCACAUCUUCUUUAUCCAUUCAUCAGUUGAUGGGCACUUGGGUUGCCUCCACAUCUUGGCUAUUGUGAAUAAUGCAGUGAUGAACAUAGGGGUGCAUAUAUCUUUUUGAAUUGUUGAUUUCAUAUUCUUUGGAUAAAUACACAAUAGUGAAAUAGCUGGAUCAUCCAGUAUUUCAAUUUUUAGUUUUCUGAGAAAUCUCCAUACUGUUUUCCAUAGUCGCUGCAUUAGUUUGCAUUCCCACCAGCAGUGUAUGAGGGUUCCUUUUUCUCCACAUACUUUGUAAAUAUUAUAAUUUGAAUUUUGGUGGGGAUACAGAUUGGUUACUCACUUUAAUUUCAAUCUAGAAUAUCUAUUCUUUCAAUGAAUACUAAGUAACUGCUAUAUUCAGGAAUUGUGCUGGUGCUAUAUUGUAUGUAAUUUGUUUUUAAAUACUUCAGGUUAAACAGUAUUAUACAUAUGUUUGUCUUAGUUCAUCUUCAUCUGUAUGCUAAGGAGCGACUAGUUAAUAUAGGAAAUGUAAACUCCAGGGGUGGUCAGUUAGGAUGGUCAGUAGAAGAGACUGAUGAGGGGCCAUCUCUGUAGGCCUUACACAAGUGCCUCAGCAACCUUCCAUUCAGUUAACACUAGAGGCUUUAUUAAUUAACAUAAUGAUUUCUCAUUGUGAUUUCAUGGUGAAACAGUGAGGCUCAGAUAUUUGGAUUAGCUAGAUACGCCCCUCUUGCAUGAGCAAGAGGUAUUUUUAAAUGGUUGAAAAAAAUCAAGAGAAUAUUUCAAAAUACAUGAAAGUUACAUGAAAUUCAGAUUUGUGUCCAUAAAGUUUUAUUGGACCACAGUCAUGCUCACUUGUUUACGUAUGUCUGCGUUCAUUCUACAACAAGAAAAUUGAGGGGUUGUGACAGAGACCACAUGGCUGUAAAGACUAAAAUACUCAUCCUUGAGACUUUUACAGAAAAAAGUUUGCUGACCCCUGGCCUAUACUUUUCAGCAUUAUGCCUUCGGCCUGGGAUUCCUUCUAGUCUGGAAUUCAGCCCCUAAAGAGGAUUAUGUCACUUGAUUUUGACUGGAAGGCUCAAUCCCAGCUAGAACAGUGGUUCUCAUUCCUGACUGUACUUCAGAAUUUCCAGGGGAGCUUUUAAAAAAUUCCAGUGCCUAAAGCCCAACCCAGGUCAUUCAAAUGAGAAUUGCUGAAAUCAAGGCCUAAAGAAAGGAAUUGUUUAAAAGCUCACCAGUUGUUUCCAAGGUGCAGCCAGACUUGAGAAGCAUGUACUAGGAAGUGGAGUGACUCAUUCAAGAAGGGGAUUGUGAGGGUGCCUUCAUCUGCAGUGCUUCGCAAACUUUAAUGUGUAUAUAAGUCAUCUGAGGAUCUUGUUAAAAGACAGAUUCUAUUUCAGUAGAUCUGGGGUGACACCUAGGAUUCUGUAUUUCAAAAAAACUCUCAGGGGCCGGCCCCGAGGCAUAGCGGUCAAGUGCGCGUGCUCUGCUGCUGGCGGCCCGGGUUCAGAUCUUGGGCACGCACCACUGCACCGCU